AUGGCCACAAAAGCUACUAUUAAACGCAAAGCUGUCGAAGCGACAAACGGCAAUAAACGUGCUAAGGUUUCUAGCAAUGGUGGUGCUUCAAAGAAGCAGGUGAAGAAACAGGAGAUUGAGGAAGAAGAAGAAGAAGAACCAUCGGAUUCUGAAGACGAGCUUGAUAACGCUGCCAGCGAUGAUGACGAUAAGAAUGAAAGCGGAUCGUCCAACUGGGGCAGCGAUUCCGAAGAUGAGGAAGAUGAAGAAGAGUCUAAAGAAGCUAAAAGUGAGGAAAACGAGGAGGGUGACGACUCUCGUCCUGAGGGUCUUUUGUCUUCUAAGGAAGCACACGCAAAACAAAAGAAGAUGCGCGAAGAACGCAAAAUGGCACGUCCUAAUGCUGAGGCAAUCCAACAUGUUAAGCAACUGUGGGAAAGACUUCGUGUCCGUAAAGGUUUGACUUCUGCUGCUCGUCAAAAACUUGUCAAAGAAGCUUGGAAGUCGUCCCAAGGUCUCGUGUGCGACAUUGCACUCAAACACGAUACUUCGCGUGUUGUACAGACCAUGGUUAAAUAUAGCGAUGCUACCAUCCGCAAGGAGAUCACCGACGAACUGAAGCCUAUUUUCUACGAACUGGCAACCUCGAACUACGGCAAGUACCUGAUUAUCAAGCUGCUGCAUUACGGGACUCCUGCGACUCGUGACGAGAUUUGCGAGGCCCUCUUUUCCAAGGGUGUUGCACACAACCUGAUGAGACACAGACAUGGUGCAUAUGUGCUGGAAGAUAUGUUCCGCUACUACGCAUCUUCCAAGUAUAAAGAUGAAAUUGUCAAAGAGUUCUUUAAUACUGGCCGACGGGGGUUCAAUAAGGAGAAUCUGAGUCUGGCAGAGGUGCUGGAAAAGCACCCAGAAAAGCGACCAGACAUGAUGGCUCAUGCUUAUAGACGGCUGCAAGGUGCUGUGGAAAAGGGAUCUAUUGGCUUUAAUGUCAUCCAUGCUGUUAUGCUUAACUACGUCAAAAACAUGAUGACCACAACCUCUGAAAAGGAAAAUUUUAUUGAUCUGAUUACUGAGCAGAUCCCUGAGAUUGUGCACACCCCUGAAGGUUCUGAGACUGCAUCACGGGUGGUUGCGCUUGCAACUGCCAAAGAGCGUAAGCUGCUGAUUAAGAGUUUCCGCAAGUUUAUUUUUGAGCUUGCGUCCGAUGACCAUGGAUGUUUUGUGCUCAUUAGCCUGUUUGCAUGUGUUGAUGAUACUGUUCUGAUCCGCAAGGCUUUGGCCGAAAUUCUCACAGAACACAUGCCUGGUCUUCUGACAAGUAAGUCUGGUCGUAAACCAUUCUUGUAUCUGCUUUUGGGACCUUCUUCACGUUACUUUUCUCCCUCGCAAAUUGCUAUGUUCAAAACAAUCGACGAGCUGAAGAAGACUACAAGUAAGAAACCUGAUGCUGACCGUGCAAGAGAAAACCUUGAGUCCUUUUCUCCUGGUAUGCUCAAGACUGUGGAGGAGUAUCCCCGAAAGAUUUUCCAAGACACUGUGGGAUCUCAAGCCGCAGUCGAGGUCCUGCUGUAUGCGGCGGGCGGCGCUGAGGCUAAGCAAGCAGCAUUGCAAGCGGUUGCCAACACUUUUAAGGGUGAUGUGAAUGCAAAAGAUGAAGAGGGCAAUUCUCUGAUGGAGCAGCCAUUUGUUUCGCGAGCUCUGCGUACGCUGGUACAGGGUGGUCACUGGAACGCGUCAAAGGGUGCUGUUGACUCUGAAAAGACUGGCGAGGAUGUUGCUGCUUUCAAAACCAUGUUGGCUGAGGCCAUUGUCGGUGAUGACGGCCAGUACGUGGUUGAAUGGGCCACAGGUCCCGGCGCCUUUGUUCUUGUGAGCUUGUUGGAGCACCUGGAAAAGUCUAGCGCCGAGUACAAGGCUCUUCACAAGGCUCUCAAGAAGGCUUCUAAGAAAAUCUCGACUGCCGCUGCAACAAACAAGGGAAGUAAGAUUCUUGCAGAGUUGAUUUAA